GUCUGCUUCCCUCGGCUUGUCCACUUCACGGUACGGUACGGUACUCCGUACACAUCGGAAUAUUCGCCGUCUCAAGGAAAGAUGGAAUACAUCUUAUCUAAUCUGAUUGGGCCAAGACCCUUCAACACCGAGAUCGGGGUAUAAAUAAAAUCUGGAGAGAAAAAAGAACAAGUUCAGUAGUCACAAGCCAACAACCAACAAUCAUGUCUUCAGAACCAUUCCAACAAAAGUCGCCAAUCAAGAUCAGGCUUCCUCUGCCUUAUCUGUCCACUUACUAUCUCGAGCGCACUGCUGAGAAUAAGCAGUCGUAUCGUCUGCGCAAGGACGACUCCGUCACAGAGGGCAAGCCGUUCCCCAAGGCUCUCCAUGCAGAUGAUCUAGUUUUCUCCAAGAUUCCCGCUGUGGAAUCUGAUAAGAUCCCUGAUUCUGAUAAUCGCGAGUAUGCUCGUGCUAGAAGAAGCCCUGUUUGGUCGUUGAGCUGGGAGAAGCAGACUCCUACGCUUGCGCAGACGUGGAUGUUCCUCUACACUUUCUUCACAUAUCACUUUGAUGUAGAGCAAUUCCGCCUUCGUCUUGAGGGCGCCGGCGCUGAGGAUCUGGCCAAGGAGCUGGUCCUCUCCAUGAUAGCCAUCAACAUGCCUCCUCCUCCCAAGGGCGUUGAGCCCGCGCCCAGCACUGGUGUUGAGGUUCUUGUUCUUCGCAGCGCGUUCUGGCAGGGAUGUGCCUCUCCAUUGGGCCAACAGCCCAUCUGGCUUCCUACCUGGAACUCCGCCAACGUGGUGCCUCAUCUGGAGUACGUGAUGACGCCCACCUCUGAGUCCACUCUCCUGCGUCACCCGCGCCGAACACCCAAGCCUGCUGCCGGUAGUUACAUCUACAGCCGGUACAUCCCAUCUCUUGAUGAGCACUUCAACCUCGUCGCUCUCGACUACGAGAACCCUGAGCACUUGGGUCUCUUCAACACGUGGCAGAACGACCCCCGUGUCGCUGCUGGAUGGAUGGAGACAGGUACUCUAGAUGAGCAUCGCACAUAUCUCAAGAACAUCCACGAUGACCCUCACCAGUUCGCUGUUCUGGGCUACUUCAAUGAUACACCUUUCGCCUACUUUGAGCUGUACUGGGCCAAGGAGGACAAGAUGGGUCAACACUACGCCUGUCUUGACUUUGACCGUGGCCGACACUCACUCGUCGGCAACGACAAGUUCCGCGGACAGUAUCGCGUUAUGGCAUGGUGGCCCAGUGUGAUGCACUACGAGUUCCUCGAUGACCACCGCACUGAGAACGUUGUCGGCGAGCCUCGUCUCUCCAGCGAGAACGUUCUCAAGUAUGAGAUGAUCUUUGGUCUUCACCAGGACAAGUGGAUGGACCUGCCUCACAAGCGAUCCAACCUUGUCAAGAUCUCUCGUGAGCGCUUCUUCCAGAUCUGUCCCUUCAACCAGGGCAAGCCUCGUGUCGCUGGCACGACCUUUGGCUUUGAGCCCAAGCUGUAAAUAAAUGGGAAGAUAUCUUUAAAAGUUGGUGGAUUGGAAAUUUGAUAGCUAUUGGACAGUAAAUAAUGCUAGCGACUCGUUUAUCAUCAGUCAGUUUUUGUAAGCACUGUUAUUCAUUC